UUGAAACUUGAAACGGCAUAAAACCCACCUUCGGUAGAUUUGAGUGCAGAGACGGGAAAGGUUUAACCAAUCACAGACGUGGAUCUGCACAGUCUGAUUUGCAUACAGAGUGUAUAAGAGCACCGGCUCUAGGCAAAACUUCAUUUUCAGUCAGCUGAGAGACAACAUGCCUGAACAGCAACAACCCAAGGCCCCGAAGAAGGGCGCUAAGAAGUCAGUGGCAAAAAAAACUCUUAAAGGAGGUAAGAGGAGAAAGAAGGCCAGGAAGCAGACCUAUGGCAUCUACGUGUACAAGGUGCUGAAGCAGGUCCACCCCGACACCGGGAUCUCCUCCAAGGCUAUGAGCAUCAUGAACUCGUUCGUCAACGACAUCUUCGAGCGCAUCGCCAGUGAGGCAUCUCGUCUGGCUCACUACAACAAGCGCUCCACUAUCAGCUCCAGAGAGAUUCAGACCGCCGUCCGCCUGCUGUUGCCCGGUGAGCUGGCCAAGCACGCCGUGUCCGAGGGCACCAAGGCCGUGACCAAGUACACCAGCUCCAAGUGAACAGCUGCUUGUGCGGCAACACAACGGCUCUUUUAAGAGCCACACA